CUCGGUUCGUAAAUAAACACAGGAAUCUUCCAAGAAAGCGACGAAACGAUAGAGAGAAAGAGUAUAGAGAAGCAAACAAUGGAGGUGAUAACCGACGAGGUAAACGCCACGGCGACGGAAACUCUUGGUCGAAACGAUCCGGAGGAGGAGGCGGUCGUGACCGCAGAGGAGAGGAAGAUUGAAAGGGAUAAUAAUGGGGGAGAGAGGAAGAGAGGGAGCGAGACGCCUCCAGAGGAUGAUUGUUGCCCGAUCUGCUUCGGCUCCUUUACGGUUCCGUGUCGAGGGGAUUGUGGCCAUUGGUAUUGCGGAAGCUGCAUCUUGCAGUACUGGAACUAUGCUGCAGUAUCUACGCCUUGCAAGUGUCCCAUGUGUGUUCGUCACAUCACUAAGCUGACACCGGACGCGUCCUUGCAGCAGCGCCAAGAGCCGGAGGUGAAGGAGGUUCUUGCUAAGAUCCGUAGGUAUAACCGUCUCUUUGUUGGAGGUUUUACUGGUUUUGUUCAGAAGGUGAAGGAGCUACCUUUGCUAAUGAAGAGAAUGGUGUGGCACAUAAUGGAUCCAGAUACGAACAGCCUGUAUUUUAGCGAAGUUCGCAUCUUUGCAAUGUUGAUGAGUACCCUUUACACUGCCUCCGAGUUUAACUUCAUCCCAACGGGAGGGUUCAGAAUAGUAACGGUGUUCGAGUACGGAGCUAUAGCAAUGAUCUUGAUUCUGCGCUUGGUGGGGGUAUACAGGAGGAGACGUCUUGCUCAGCGGGUUAGGCAUGUUGCAGCUGCAGAAGUUGAACCAGAAUAGAGAGAACAAACGAACGAAUGUAUAAACAUGUGAAGAAGCAAACAUUUGUUCAUUGUGGAUAGGUUUGGUAGAUCAUAGAAAACCAUGAGUCAUGUGUAGUUUUACUGUCCAUAUGCAAAUCAUAUUUAAGUA